UUGUCUCCGCAUGGCCCAUUGAAGAGUAUUCGUGGCGUAGUCACUCGCCAUGGAGCCACGCCGACCAGUUUCCACAUCUCCUUGUAGAUGUUUAUCGUUCGCGACAAAGAGACUAAGUUCAGUCUUUGUGCUUGAUGCACCGUCGCCCUGCCACUUUACUCCAAGAUCUCGUCAUAAAGACACCUAGCGACUGUCAUAAGGGCAUCUGAAACAUCUACCCCAGUGAUCUUUCAAAGAACGAACUAUACCCAUACGCACACUACGCUAUACGCACGGCGUAGAAACCCACCCAGUAAUUCUUAAUCAUCGUCCCAUACAUUCCAAAAACAAAGCCAGCAAUGUACACAGCCAUCGCACUCAUAGCCCUCUUGCUCACCAUCACGACCACAACCACCACCUCAGCCUCGCCCAUAACACGUCACCUUUCCCGUCGUGGUCUCCCUGGCGCCUACUAUACUUGCACAAAACCCAAUUUCGCUGGCGACUGCAGCUGGACGCAACCCAAUACGGAAUGCCACAUUCAAGGUAGCCCCGGAGGUAUCGCAUCAAUCGGUCCAGAUCAAGGCACUGUAUGCUCGCUCUUUAAGACGGCUGUGUGCACAGGAGAGUCGCUCAAGCAGGUGACCUUUCCUGGUAUUGCUAUUAAUAUGCCGGAAAUUGGGAGCUUCCAGUGCUCCAGGCAGACGAGUAAUGAUGGCAAGGGUGGGAAGACCGCAGGUCAGGCCGGGACGCUUACAAAUGCAGACGUCCAGGCUGCUGGUUUAGAAGUUGGGGACUUUGGGUUAAAGAAGGUGAAGACGGAGGGGAGGGAGCAGGGCAUGAUCGGUUUGAAGAAGGGCGUUUACUAUUGAUUGGUUUUUGCUUAUGGGAGCAAGACGGCGAAAGAGGAGGGGCCACAUACGACGGGAUGGGUGUACGAUUAUAAACUCUUCGAUUCAUGUAUCAUUUGGAGACGGGACGGCGUUAGACUGCCCUGGGACCACUCCUGAUAACUUUGUUGGUUAUCUUUAUAUCCAUGUGUCUUUAAUAGGAAAAAGUUUCUUCGGUGGC